UCCCCACACCCACCCCUCAACAAUUUUAUGUUGCAUCUCUGUUUUCGCUGUCGGACCAAAGCAUGUUCCGUACUGCCAACAAUAGAGAUAGUUAUCUGUAUAACGACAGAACCCAGACUAUGGACCCGUUGAUAACUUUCUAGAACGUCUAGAUCGUAGUUGCAGAAGAUGCUGCAGCAGCUGGAAACUCAACCGCUAUGGCUUCCGACAGAGAGAAAAUGCUUGUCUCUUAUCCAACGAUACCGCAACAGAGCUUCUCUUCUUCAGAUCCACGCCUUCAUGUUGCGGCACGCCAUAGAAACCAAUGUUCAAAUUCUCACCAAAUUCGUGGUUACCGUCGCUUCUGUCGUCGGUAUCGGCCACGCACGUCGCCUGUUCGAUCUAAGGCCCCAGAGAGAUGACACUUUCCUAUGCAACUCCAUGAUCGAUGCUUAUCUGGGUACGCGCCAAUUCAUGGAUUCUUUAGCUCUUUACAGAGAUCUCAGGAGGGAGACGUGUUUCGCUCCUGAUAAUUUCACUUUCAUGAAAUUGGCCAAGUCCUGCAGUUUGAGUAUGGCCGUUGACGAAGGUCGACAGUUGCAUGGCCAUAUUAUGAAAUCUGGGUUCUGCUUGGAUAUGUACGUUUCGACUGGAAUGAUCGAUAUGUAUGCAAAAUUCGGCAUGGUAAACUGGGCAAGGAAUGUGUUCGAGGAAAUGCCUCAGAGAAGUGCGGUUUCUUGGACGGCUCUCAUCUGUGGGUAUGCUAAGUGUGGUGACAUGAGAGUUGCGAGUAAGCUUUUCGCUGAGAUGCCUGAGAUGAAGGACGUUGUGAUAUAUAAUGCAUUGAUCGAUGGCUAUGUCAAAUCUGGUGACAUGGUAUCAGCCAGGAGCUUGUUCAAUGAGAUGCCAGAUAGAAGUGUCGUCACUUGGACAACUAUGAUUUCUGGUUACUGCACUAAUGGUGACAUAGUAUCAGCUAGGUUACUGUUUGAUGCUAUGCCAGAGAGGAACCUGGUUUCUUGGAAUGCAAUGAUAGGUGGAUGCAGUAAAAACAAACAGCCCCAAGAAGCGUUAAGCUUGUUUCAGGAAAUGCAGACAACAACCUCCCUUGAACCGGAUGAAGUAACCCUUGUGAGCGUUCUGCCUGCGAUAUCUGAUUUGGGUGCUCUAGAUUUGGGAGAAUGGUGUCAUCAUUUCGUCAAGAGAAAGAAACUCGAUAGAUUGGUGAAUGUGCGUACUGCACUUGUUGAUAUGUAUGCAAAAUGCGGGGAGAUAGAGAAGGCAAAAGUAAUCUUCGAACAGAUACUGGAGAAGGAAGUAGCUUCUUGGAAUGCUAUGAUAAAUGGGUAUGCUCUGAAUGGGCAUGCACGUGCAGCUUUGGAUUUAUUCAUGGAGAUGCUGAGAAGAGGAGCUAACCCAGACGAGGUCACAAUGCUUGGAGUCCUGUCAGCUUGUAACCAUGGCGGAUUAGUUGAGGAAGGAAAGAAGUGGUUUGGGACAAUGGCAAAACUUGGUCUGAAUGUCAAAAUUGAGCACUACGGCUGCAUGGUGGAUCUAUUGGGCAGGGCAGGAUACAUGGAAGAAGCAGAGGCACUGAUCAGAAAUAUGUCAUUCGAGCCCAACGGGAUAAUACUAAGUUCUUUCCUAUCUGCAUGUGGCAACGUCAACGAUUUAAAGAGAGCUGAGAGGGUAUUGGAGAGUGCAGUCAAACUGGAGCCACGUAACGACGGGAAUUACGUAUUGUUGAGGAAUCUGUAUGCUGCCGGAAAGAGAUGGAAAGAUGUGGAGAUGAUGAAAAGGUUGAUGAGGAAGGAGGAGGUAAAGAAAGAGGUUGGUUGUAGUGUGAUUGAGAUAAACUCUAGAGUUUCAGAGUUUAUAGCUGGGGAUACAUCCCAUCCUCUUCGAGGACAAAUAGACUUGGUGUUAAGACACUUGAUUAUGCACAUUACAGACAAGCAACCAUUGUCUCAGUAACCCUAGACAGAUUGUUAGAUUAAGCUGGCCAUUUUUUUACAUCAGAAUCUGGUCUAAGUCUGACGUCUGCUUGUGGAUUCUGUCAAGUACAAUGAGAACCCAGCCAAGAUUUUGGUUCAGUUGAUGUAUGAAUCAGUUCUGAUGCUGAAUUCCGAGUCGGAUUAAGAUCGAUUUAGAGGGAAAGAUGGAAAAGUCGAAGCUUUUGCAGGUCUCCAAUGUCAAAUUGCCACUUGUAAGAACAUUUCGUAGAGAAAGAUUAUUACUUGAUCUGUUGAAAACUAAAUUGCUUUACACAUGGGCAACAUUGUUGACAUUGAAUCCCCACGCGCUGAAGCUGAUCGUACAGUAAAGACACGAAGAAAAUUUGAUUAACUAAGUAGCGCGUGUGUAUCACGGUACAACACGUGCGUGACCCAAUCACUAGACAGUU